AUGGAUGGGAGAAACUACUCCCUCGGGAGUAGUCCACAUAACACCACAGUCCCUCCACCUCUUCCCGAGCGCCCAGCACGCCCCCCAACACUGCCUCCUCUCUCCGAGGUCCCAUCGCCGCGGCCGAUAGAGAGAGCUUCGGCCAGCGCUCUCCGCAGCGCUUUUCGACAAACCGUCCGGGCUGUAACGCCCGAACCAGUGGAUCCUUUGUUCGACAGCCAAGACGGGCCCGGAAGUGAUGCACCAAGAGGUUCUCGUGGGAUUGGUUCUGCCUCGCCGCAAACCUCACCACGAUCCAUCCCCCUGGGCGCCGCUGGUUUGCCCGCUAGGCGCCAGGGUAUUGUCUUUCACGAUUCCUUCCCCGGCUCACUGGACGGCCCCUCGACGAGCCCGCCGCUCCGGGCGACCCCAUUUCGGCCAAGAACACACACCAUGGACGGUGCGUUCCGGCAACAGCUUGGCCCGGCCCUCGAGACACGCAAUCGGAUGGGCUCUUUCUCUUCGGCUACCUCUCUUUCCACUACAGAUGACGUGAAACUACCGCCUUUUGCGUCGUCAUUUGAAUCGUACCACCAUCCGGAUUUCCAGCAGCAAUCGGCCACACCGUCCUCCAAGGACAAGAAGCCGUGUGGUCCUCGAAGCCGGCUAAGCAAGCGUUCAUCGUCGCGCCCUAGUUCGCCGCUUUCGUCCCUCCCGCCAUCCGUGGAUUCGCUUCCCCUUCCCAUCCCGACGACAGACGUCAAUAAAAUCUUGCUCCUUAUGAAGAACCUGUGUGGGAGGAUGCGUGGGGAAGUCGAAUAUCAGAAGGAUUUCAGCGCGCCAUGGGUGGGCGGAAUGUGUUAUAUCGAGGAAGAGCGCGGCAGCCUGAUGUUUGAUCCUGGCGAUAGCGGGCCAUUUCAUACGCCCCUCAUUUCCGAUCUGCGAGGCUGCCGGGUGGCCCCGGUUGACUCUCUCGACAGGGAUUCCCCGUGCCUCGAGGUCUCCAGUGCCCAGCUUGGCACGCCGCUUUUUCUGCGGCCGUUGGUUCCCGAGGAGCUGGAUCUUUGGCUCGCGGCGUUGCUUUGCUGGCAACAGUUGCGCCCAUCUGGCGCGAAGCCCCAACCUGUGCGCUCCGCGGGCAACCCCAGCGCUCCCGCGCCGGCACGAAUGGAGAUGAAACGACGGGUUUCGCUGCCGGGCCUCCGGGAGACGGCCAUUAUCAAGGUCGGCAAGCUGAUGCUCUGGGACAAGGGCGUCGCAAUGUCGCCGCGCGCUAUUGUCAGGCGUCCGUCUACCCGCGAUCUUCGAUCUGCUCAUACCUGCUGGAGGAAGGUUUCUUGUAUUCUCCACGACAAUGGCGAGCUCAAGAUCAUGACCGAAAAUGAUGUAACGGUUCUGUCCGUGAUUGAACUCUCACAGCUCGCAAGGUCUGCCAUUCAACAGCUCGACAAGUCCGUUCUGGACGAAGAAUACUGCCUCGCCAUCUUCCCGAGUUAUUCGUCAACGUCGACCCAGCUUUCCAUCUUUCGGCCGGUUUACCUCGCCCUCGAGACUCGGGUGCUGUUUGAGGUUUGGUUUGUUCUGCUGCGGGCCUUCACGAUCCCUGAUGUUUACAACCUGGACCUUGCCGGCGAUGGACGAGUUUGCGAGGUGACCGACUUCCAACAUGACCUUGCAGGGGAGACCUUCAGAGUGGAGAAGACGAUAUCGGUGAGAAUCACCGAGGCUAAGUUGCGCAGCAGGACUUGGGGUCCUGAGGCUGGCCAAGGGGAACGCCCAGGCGACCGUCAUGGCGACCGUGUUGGGAAAGGCGGCGAGCCUGAUCCGCUAACUGGCAACUACCUCGCCGAAGUCAUUUUAGAUGGCGAGGUCCGCGCCAGGACAACAACAAAGAUGGAGACCAAGAACCCGUUUUGGCGUGAAGACUACAUAUUUAUGGACCUCCCGGCCUCAUUGCCGUUCCUGUCCAUCCUAUUAAAGAAGGUAGAUGGGAACGUGGAUAGUUUUGCACACCACCUUCAGGCGACGUUUGGCAUGGGAAAGUCGACUAGCGUGACAGAGACCCCCUUUGGCUUUGUCGAUAUCCCUUUGCAUCACCUCGAGUGCGGGAAGGAUUAUGAACAAUGGCUCCAGAUCCACGACGAUAGGCAACAACCCAUCGGCUCCAUGCUCGUCAAAAUUCAUCACGAGGAGUUUGUGGUUCUUCUACUCCAAAACUACCAACCGCUAUCCGAACUAUUGCACCGUUUCAGUUCGGGGUUGAUUGCCCAGAUCGUUGGUGCGUUGCCCGGGAGCUUACGCAGGCUCUCAGAGAUUUUUGUGAAUAUUUUUCAGGUCUCAGGGUGCGCCAGCGAAUGGCUGAUGAACAUGGUCGAGGAGGAGAUUGAUGGCAUUGGAAAUCAGGCACCAACCAAGAAAGGAAGAUUCAGCGGGCGCCUCAAAUCCAACGACUCCAUUGAGUCGAAUGUUGAGAGAGAACAGGUCGUUCGUGAUUUGGGGAAGUCACUCCAGGGCGAAGCCAAUCUGCUGUUCAGAGGCAACUCCCUGUUGACGCAGGCCUUGGAGUUCCACAUGCGCCGUCUGGGAAACGAGUACCUGAGUGAGACGCUGGCCGAGAAGAUCCUCGAGAUCAACGAGAGUGAUUGCAGUUGUGAGGUGGACCCAAGCAAACUGCAGCCCGGCGAAGACAUUCAGCAGCACUGGACUCACCUCCUCCAAUUCACCAACGAUAUUUGGGACUGCAUUGCGUCUUCCACAUCUCGUUUGCCCCCAGAACUCCGGCACAUCCUGAAGUACAUCCGGGCUGUUGCCGAAGACCGCUAUGGGGACUUCCUGCGCACUGUCACCUACACGUCUGUCUCCGGAUUCCUCUUCCUCCGCUUCCUCUGCCCUGCCAUCCUGAACCCGAAGCUAUUCGGGCUUUCACGCGACCAUCCCCAGCCACGCGCUCAGCGGACUUUUACCCUCAUCGCCAAGUCUUUACAGGCUCUUGCCAACCUCUCGAGUAUCGGCAAAAAGGAGACUUGGAUGGAGCCCAUGAACCGGUUCUUGACAGCCCAAAGACAACCCUUCAAAGAUUUCCUCGACGACGUAUGCGCCAUUCCAGCCGAGCGCACCAAGGGCUUGUUGCCACCGUCCUACUCAACGCCCACCACCAUCAUGGGCCGGUUGUCCCCAAUGGCCCGCGAGGGGUUCCCUUCCCUCCCAUAUCUUAUCGACCAGGGCCGAUACUUCGCUGCCCUUGUCAAGCUCUGGUCGGACGCCCACUCAACAUCUGCAAGGGAGUCCCAGGUUUACGACGGCGAUCUGCUCACCUUCCACACCCUCUGCAUCAGCCUCCACCAGCGGGCACUCGAUUGCCUCGCCCGCAUCGAAGCCCUGCGCGCCGUAGACUCGGGUAGCCUGCCUUCCGACGACCAAGCGACUCUUGUAGAUACGAUGGAUCGCUUCAGUAUCACCGAUAUGCUCGGCCACCCCACAUCGGCCGGCGGUAACACGGCAGCCUGGCUUGAGCACGAUGUGCGUGCGCCUGGUUCGUCUGGGAGUGAUCUAGAUGUCCCUAGUGGUCUUCCAUUCGGUACCAUUAGCAUCAGCCGCGAUGCACGGCACGGUAGUUUCAGCAGUCGCGAGUUGGGCUCCAGUUCUCUUCGACAAAUGUCACGAAACACCGAGACAGCACCAGGUUUGCAAAGUCAAGAAAGCAACCCCAGCAUUGGCUCCGGAAAUGGGAACGGCGGUAGCAAUGGCAAUAGUGGGAACGGUGGGAGUGGGAAUGGAGGCAAUACCGGGACAGUGCGCAGCUUGCGGACCGGCAUCCACCCUCGCAGACUCCUUGGGGGCCUGAUGAUGCGGAAGACACGCAACACAUCGCCUGAGAUUUCCACGGCACCCGGAUUAUUAUUCAUAUCUGGACACAUCGGUGACACGGAACGCGAGCGUGAUCAGGGACAUACGAAGGAGAAUAGGGACUGGCAUAAGACUAGGGAGAAGGAUAAGGGUAAGGAUGGAGAUCGGGAGAGAGAGGGGGAUCGAGAAAAGGAGAAGGAUCGUGAACGUGAACGGGACAAAGAUAGGGGACGCGACAAGCGCCCCGCAGGGUUGCCAGAACCAAGGCAGGUCGAAACGGUUGCGCGAGCACACUCGCAUCAGCAGAAGCAGCAAUAA